AUGCUCGACAUCAUCCAGUUACUGAUCCUGGGGGUCGUCGCCACAGCGGGCUACGUGGUGUUUCGCGGCUCCAGGCACGAUCCACGCGAACCACCAAUGCUGUCGAACGGGAUUCCCAUAAUAAGUCAUCUGCUUGGCGUGAUGUGGUACGGGAUUGGAUAUUGGACAAUGCAAGCAAAGCAAAACGCCUCAUAUUCGAUCUUCGGAAUUGAUUUGCUGGUCACCAAAAUUUACAUCGUUACUUCACCACAGCUGAUGCAGGUGAUCCAGCGUAACAAGAGUCUCAGACUGGAUCCUCUCUUGGAUAUCACUGUGCGCAGCUUUUCUGGCAUUACUAACAAGAAGACCCUGGAUCUGCUGGUUGACACCACCUCUGGUGGCCAGGGCUUCUCUCAGAAGCUGAUGCAUUCGCUGGCUCCUACGAUGAUUGGAAAAUCACUUGAUGAAAUGAACAUCCGGAUGGUUCGCUACAUGACACCCCUCAUCGAUGAAUUGGGCGACAAAGCCCCGUUCGAUCUGUACAUGUGGUGUCAGGAUGCCAUUACUGAUGCCAGCACUGAUACCAUGUAUGGACCGAUGAACCCGUUCAAGGAUAAGGAAAUUUCGGACGCAUUCUGGGACUUCGAAAAAGGUCUCGGGGCGCUCAUGCCCAAUAUUUUGCCCUGGCUUACUGCACACAAGCCCUGGAAAGCUCGCCAGAAGAUGUCCGCAGCGAUAUUGAAGUAUCAUCAAAAUGGAGGGAUCGAACACGCAUCUGAGUUGAUCAAGUUGAGGCACACUUCAACCCUCGGGGCAGGAAUUACGCCGGAAGAGUAUGCGCUUCUAGAGGUGCCGAUGCCGAUAGGCUUUCUCUCAAAUACCGUUCCGGCAACCUUCUGGUCUAUCUACGAUAUCUACUCUCGACCGGAGCUUCUCGAUGACCUUCGUAAAGAGGUAGAACUUAACGCCCUCUUUACUCGGGCCGACGGCACGCAUGUUAUUGACAUCGGUGCCCUGCGGGGCAGCUGUCCGCUUCUCCUGUCUACAUUCCAAGAGAUCUUGCGUGUUCGCACUAUGUCGUCCCCCACGCGUUUUGUGACUCAGGAUACCAUCAUCGCCGAUAAGUACCUCGUCAAAGCAGGCAACCUCGUCACCAUGCCGUCCUUGGAGAUGGGGAAACGGCCCGAAGUAUGGGGAGAAACAGCGGAAGUCUUUGACGCCCACCGAUUCAUGACAGGCGCGUCCUCAAAAGCCGACCCAGGUGAGCGAGAGCCUCGACGUGCUGGUGGAUUCAUGACAUUUGGUGUAUCUCCAACCAUCUGCCCCGGACGUCACUUUGCCAGCUCUGAAAUCUUGGGAAUGGUGGCUACCAUGAUCCUGCGUUAUGAUAUCUCUCCUCUAAGCGGGACCUGGGAAGAGCCAGAGAAGUCCUCGUCAUCCCUUGUGUCGAUCAUGACUCCCGUGAAGGGUAAAUUUCCAGUCACUGUGAAGCGAAGGCAGGAAUACGAAGGCACCAAAUGGGACUUCCAUGUGGAGGAGGGCAAAGGACAGUUUCCGUUAGUAAUUGGGUAA